AUGUUCGUAGCAAGUCUUUCCAUAACAGAAGAUAAAGAGAAGAUGAGUUGCUUCAAAUUUUUGAAGAUGAUGAUGUUCUGCUUCAAUUGCAUCGUCUUUCUCGGAGGUGGUGCUAUAUUGGGAGUUGGAAUCUGGGUGAAAGUGGAUGCCGGUUCCUUCCUUGACAUCCUGGCGGAACUAGCACCACAGCUGAAGCAACUGGUGAAUGUGGGGUAUCUCUGCAUUGCCAUAGGGGCCUUCUUAGUACUGAUUGGUUUCCUGGGUUGCUAUGGAGCUGUGAAGGAGAACAAGUGCAUGUUGAUGAUAUUUUUCAUCAUAAUACUACUGAUCUUCAUAGCUCAGAUUGCGGGUGCUGUGGUUGUCCUUGCAUUCUCUGGCUUGGCUGACAUUUUUAUUGGUUACAUUCAGAUCUGGGCGGUGAAAUCAAUCAAAGAUGAAUAUGGCAAAAGUUCAGACAUGACUGCACUAUGGGAUGUAGUGAUGAAAGAGUUCAAGUGUUGUGGAUUCAAAAACUUUGAUGAUUUUACAAACUCACCUUUCUACAAUGAUACAUUAAAAAAGUAUCCCCAGCAAUGCUGCAACUCUCAAUCGCAUUGUUUUGGUGCCGACAUUAAUCAUUCUGUGCCGGGUUGCUACCGCUCACUUCUUGACUUUUUGAAGACAAACACCAAGGUUCUUGGUAUCGUGGCUUUGGGAAUUUGUGCACUGGAGAUAGGCGCAAUGGCAGCAUCCAUGAUAAUGUACUGUCAAAUCAAAAAAGACGAAAAAAGCGUAUGA